UAGCAGCCACUCUAAGAAAACUAGUGAAUGGCGGAGGAGGACCGAGACGGCGCAACCGCCGCUAUAAGAAGCCCUAACCACCGAGAUUUAAUCAGCACUCUGCCUGAUGUGAUCCUCCAAACAAUACUCUCCUCUCUUCCAACAAAAUUCGCCAUCCGUACUUCCAUCUUAUCAAAACAAUGGAGGCAUGUAUGGUGCAAUACACCAUCUCUCAACUUCGAAUGGUGUGGGAAUUACCUCUGUGCUGAUUCCAUAAACGAAACCUUAUCUCACUACAAAGCUCCAAAGAUGAUGAGUUUCCACUUCUGUCUCACCGCUAUUAAAAACACUCCUUACAUUGAAAGUUGGAUCGAUUUCGCCAAGUCCCGAAACGUUGAAAAUAUGACGAUAGAUUUAGGUUCACGUGCUUCUUCUGAUUAUACUAUACCUGAUUCCUUCUACAUCAAUUCAUCUGUCAAACAACUUACUCUUCGUUUAGCGUUUCAUGAUCGGAUGGUUCCACGUGACACCGUAUCUUGGACAUCACUCAAGGAGCUAGUCUUGAGGAACUGUAACCUCUUUGACGGAUCUACUAUGCCUAAGAUUCUAUCUGGUUGUCCGGUUCUCGAAAGCUUAACGUUGUAUAUGUGCCGUUGCUAUAACUUCAAGGUUCUUGAUCUCAGCAAAUCGCUGCGUUUGACUACUUUAGAAAUCGCUAACAAUUGUUGGGUUUCGGGGCAAAUUCAUAUUGUUGCGCCAAAUAUCCAUAAUCUUACUUUGACUGUUCCUCCUUACUGGCCAUGUAAUUUAGUUGAUGUCUCGUCUCUAACGGAAGCUAGACUAGACAUUGGAUUUAACUCACAAGAAGCAUUUGAUGCUGAUUUUCUUCAACAGUUUGUUCAAAACAUGAUUGAGAAGCUGCGGAAUGUAGAGAAGCUUACUUUUGGGGAAAACUUUAUCAAGAUUUUCUCUCUUAUCGAGCUUCGUUGUCUACCUCUUCCGUUGUUCAAAUUCAAAGCUUUGACAUUUGAGACAAUGAUUUCUCAAUAUGUGAUUCCUGGUAUGGUAAAGUUGGUACAAAGCUCACAUGAGUUAAAGAAGCUAACCGUACACAUAAAGGAUGAGGGACGCAUCAUACCGGACGAGUUUCUUGACUACUACUUGCGUAGGCAUGGCUCGAAAACUGAUAAAACCUGGAGCUCGGAAGCGAGGGUCUUUAAGAACAUUAUCCGCGAGAAUGUUGAGUCGAUGCACAUGGCUUCAUUCAUUGAACUUGUGCUUAAAAUCACAAAGACUUUAGAGAAUAUGAUCGUAAUGUUUGGAAGUUAUCUUGAAGAAAGAAGAUUUGAAGAGUUGCUUGAUAUGGUUCCAGUACUUUCCCACGAGAACAAUAACGUCUCCAUUGUGCUUGGCUCAACCACCAAAUCAGAUCAAACGUUAUUUUUUCCAAUGAAAGUCAGAUCAAAUGUUUAAAUGUUAUAAGUUUUAUUAAGGGGUGGCUAUUGUUUUCUUUAUCAGCUAAGCCAAGAGGUUGAAUCUUGCAGUUUACUUAUCAAUACCAAGCAGAAUUAAACACAUGAAAAAGAG